UGGAAUGUUCUGGUGCGUGGUGUGCGGCAGUUCGCAGCCACAGCGAGGCGCAACCACCGCGGACGCAGCAACUGGAACGACGACACGGGAGCCAGCGGCCCUUUGGCUGAGCUUAUCUGGAUUUUGGGCGAAAAGAAACGUAGGGUGCUAAAAUGACCAGAGGUAACCAGCGAGAGCUUGCACGCCAGAAGGCUGCCAAGAAACAGACGGAGCAGACCAAAGGCAAGCGGAACGAGGAUGGACUCUCUGCUGCGGCCAGGAAACAACGGGACGCUGAAAUCAUGCAACAGAAGCAGAAAAAAGCAAACGAAGUGGGAAAAGGAAGCACGAAGUCCAAGUGAAAGAUGAGACGGAAGAAUUUAACUCACCGUUUAGAGAACAUCACUUGUUCCGCAUUGUUUCCUGAUAUUUAUAAGAUUGGAUCUGUCAGUUUUGUCUAAACUCCAGGAUCCACCAGCUCCCCUGGCAAAUGACUGACAGCUGGAAUAAUUUUACAUGGUUAAAUUAUAUGUAUGGGUUAAGCCUUACCCCCUCCCAGGCCGGUGCUGCGCGCAGAGCACCAUCAGCGGUGGAAGCAGGAUGAAGUGGAACAACUCUUGAUGUAAAGCAUCUGUGUGUACAAAAGUGUCCCUUUCUGGUUUCAAAUAAAGUGUAUCUUUUUAGUUCA